CCCUAUGAUAGUGUUCAAGUUGAAUUUGCAAGAAGAUGUAAAAUAGGAGAGCAUGGUUAUAAACAAAAAUUACCAACUAUCAAGGAUAAAGAAAAUUUAGAUUCUUAUAUUAUUUCUAGUUGA